AUGGACAUGGGGCAUGAGGAUGAGACCCGGGAAAGGGAGCGCACAACGGCGACUGCGGAACGCGCCCGAGGGGCCUCCCUUUCUCCCCUUGGACCCUUCUUAGCAGUUAACGGCGGUCCCGUGGCCGACGCCAACAAACACCAGACAGGAGCGCCACCAGACGAAGCCCAGCAGAAGCGGCUACGGCUGCGGCUGCGGCUGCGGUAG